AUGGGAAGGGCUGGUACCACUGAGAAAUUGGCAGAUCUUUUAGGAGAUGGUAUAUUCACAGUGGACGGAGAGAAGUUGCUACAUCAGAGAAAGGCAGCGAGAUAUGAAAUUGGCACCAAAACAUUGGAAACCAUAUAUGGAACAUAUGAAGAAGGCACUGAACUCUCCAAUGCCUUUGAUGAAGCAAAUGCUAUGACGUUGAUGAAAUUCAUCUGGGGUGAAGAUGCAGAGGAAUUUCUACCAGAGAGGUGGCUUGAUGAAAGUGGAACUUUCCAACAAAAAAGUUCUUUCAAGAUCACAGCCUUUCAGGCCGGUCCAAGAAUUUGUGUGGGGAAAGAUUUUGCAUAUAGGCAAAUGAAAACUUUUGCUGCUGUUCUUUGUCAUAGCUACAAAUUCAAGUUGGCUGUCCAAAAUGAAUCAGUGAGAUAUAAGACUAUGCUCACUCUUCACAUUGAUGGUGAUCUUCAUAUCCAUGCUUCUCACAGAUUCGAGCCUAUGUAA